UACAGGUCAAUUUUAAACAGAUCCGUCAUCAAGUUCCUGUCAAAUACUGAGGCCCAUGCUUGCGAUGACAUUCCAUCCAUACCUGCUUACAAGUUCAAUUUCAUCAAACAAGAUGAGAUUGCCAAGAAGUGCAACCAAAGGAAAUACCUAUGAGAUGUUGUUGGCCAGCUUAUUCAGUGUUAUGCUUUGCUUACAACUACAAAACUGACUGGAAAAGUUACAUGCUAAGAGCUACAAUUGAAACUUCCAGAUCACCCAAUU